CAAGGUUUCGUGAUUUUUCGCCAUAUCAAAUAACUAUUUUGCUCACAAAAAAAUACGUAAAGAAAAUUAUGCGCGUCUGUUUUCCCUGAAAUUGUGCAACCACGCCUAGUUUUUCAUUUGCAAAAUUUGCGACAUUUUUAAUUAACAUUUAUUCGUACUUUGUUUAUUGACAACGGCGCAAUAAUAUUACGUUUCAUUGCUUUAUAUACAUACAUAUGUAUGUUUGUGUAUAGCUUUGUACGUAUGUAAGCGAUGUGUUGAUGUUUUUAUUUUAUUCGAGGUAAUAGAAGUUGUUCUUGUUGCCGGUGCGCUGUUUACCCGGCAAAUAUUUUUGUGUGCCGCAUUAAUGACAACGAGGUAAAAAUAUAUACAUAUGUACGUCUAUAUGUCUAAUCCUCAACUCCUAGAACUGUGCAAACAUGGUAGUAUAAAUUGUGUGGAAUUCAAAGCUCAGAGAGAAAGUGAGAGCAUCGAAUGACACAGAGUGAAUGAGAGCGGUCUGAAGAAUUGCUGCUCCUUAAACGGCGCUCCCAAGUAUGUGUGGCUUUGUUGUGACCUCGCAAAGCAACAUAUUUUGACUGUCCUUCUGCCACCGACUGCACCUAGUCAUAAUCGCCUACGCGCCUAAACAAUUCUUUGUAACAGCGUUUUUUUUCUCGAAAUAGCCACCCUAAAAUGCUUAACAUAUGGAACGAGGGGUUUGUAUUCUUGGAAUAUCGCAGUGACAACUAAAACACGCACUGGUGUGCCAAUAUUGGGGGCACCAUGGUGUGCUUGCACCUUACAACGACGUCUUAAGAGCGCACAGAGCGAGUGUUCGCAAAAGCUAUACUCGAUUGCGACAGUUAACACGAAAGUGGUAGCAAGGUAUCCAACGUGCAUGCGCCAUAGGGAGAUGCAACGUUAAAAGAGAACUUGCUAUUUGGAAUUGAGAGCACGGUGGUGAGAGAGCGUGCUCCAAUGCCGAUUAUUUGCAAAUGAGCCAUAGAGACUACUAUUGAAUUCGGUAUUUUGGGCGCAGAGGUCUUGUCACCUUCUUUGAUGGCCAAUUGUGCGAAAAUGGGAUUUCGAGGGAAAUUUUUGAGCAGCAUUCGUUUUGUUGUUAAAACAAACAUCCUUUUCCUGUUUUUGUCGGCUCUUCGCUCGUCUUCUGGGUGGUUGAAUGCCCGACUAGCUGGAUUGGCGUAAUGGUGUGUAGCUGUUAGCUCGCAGACAGUUAGCUAGUGGUAGUUGCUGCUCGCUGGCCAGCGACAUGAUUCAGAGUGAAUCACAACAUCGACGAAUGCGGACACUCUAGUUAGUUCGCGGUUGAAAAGUGGCCCAUACGGUGCUUGAAGAAAGUCAAGCCAAUCGCAGCCAACAGACCAACAAGCCACAAAGCCAGUUAGUCAGCUAGUAGCAGCCAACUAAUAAUCAAGCUGUGAAACAAUUAAGUAUUAGCCAUUUGGUGGUAGUGUAUUUUGCCAAAGUGAUAGUACCAGCUGUCGCACCUUUCAUCAACGCCAGCGGCUAGCUAGCAGCUUGAGGCUUUUGUGCGUUGCAGCUUUGGAAACAACAGUGCUAAAAGUUGUUAUUCUGCUUUGGUUUCAAAUUUAGUGUUAAAGAAGCAAACAAAAAAUUAAUAAUAAUAAUAAAAAUAAUAAAUACAUAUACUUACAUAUAUGCAUACUUACUAAUAUUCAGCUAUAUUAGUAGUAAUCCAAAUGGAAAUGUAUCUUAACGCAAAAGUAACCAUUUGUCUAAUAGUUUGAAACGACAUCUACAAAGUUUUUAAAUAAUAUCUUAAUUUUAAGUUAAAAUCAUAUUUAAACAACAAAGAAAAUGAAAAAGUAGAGAAGUAAAAUUAAUAAAAAAUAAAAUAUUAUUAAUAAAAAUUUUAACAAACGCAACGUUGAAAUUUCCAACAAAUUAGUUGAAAAAAACAUCAACUGUUGAAAAAAUUUAAAAAUAAAAAAAAUUGCAAAAUAAACGAGAAAACACAUGAAAAAAUAAAUAAAAUAUUGUUGAUAGCACUGAAAAAGAAAUAAACGUAAAUAAUACGAAUGACGCGUGAAACUGUUGCUGCAGCACCAAUCGACGUACAUACAACGACAGCUGACAGCAACACAUGUGCGAGUAGAGAAGCCGCCACAGCAAUAAUUGCACCUUCGGCAGUUAGUGUGAAGUGUGCACAACCAAGUCGAGGACAUUUGUCGAAAUUUAAUUCGACAAGAGCAACAACAAAAAAUUGUUACAACUCAUACGACCGCGAUAGAACGCGCUCGACCACACUUUUGAAAUCAAUAAGGACGACGAAGCAAAGCGGCGACGAUUCAAUUGUACUGUAUUAAGUUUGCAAAGGAUUUUUGCAUUGUAUCGGUUAGCGAAUACAAAUGAAAACGUCGCUUGUGAACGCGUCCGAUUUCGACUACUCCAGUCGCCCCGUGUACGAGGGCGAACAACGGCACGUACUUCAAUACGAGCAGCGACAGCUGCGACAGGAGCAACUGCAGGCAGAACAAGACGAGCCGCAGCAGCAACAAGAACUGGCACACCAGCAACGCAAACAUCAAUCGCCGCGUACGCAUCACCAAGAACAGCAGCAGCAUCAGGGCUAUCACGACAAGCAGCUGGAUCAGCAGGAACAGGAAAAUUCUGCCGCUGCCACAUCGACAAUUGUCUACCCAUUCGCAGCGCAUAUAAAGCACUCUCCGCGUGACUUUGAGGACGCUGAGCAUCAAAAUCAACAGCGAAAGCAUCUGAACAACCGUGUGGGUACAGUCAACGCCGAAGCUGUAGUAGACAGCAGCGACGACGAUAUAAACGGUGAUAAUAAUUUGGCGCAGAGUAUAAUUUAUAUUGACGAUAGCAAUUGCGAUCAACCGCUGGAUCAGAGACAGCCACUGAGAGAGAGCAACGGCGAUAACUGUGUCAUCACCAGCAGCAGUAAUAACAACAACAACAACAACACUAAUAACAAUAAUAUUAAACUUGCCAUUAAUAACGAGACAAGCGUAGUUACAGCGACGAAGAGGCAGCAAACAUCCGCUAUACGUUAUCCCUCCUCCUCAUCCUCCUCCACGUCGAGCAAAUAUCAGCAUAAUCAACAGCAGCAGCAGCAGCAAAGACAGCCGUUGCAGCAGAAAAUAUCGAGCAAACGCAAGCGUGAGACAGAGUGCGAUUGCGGUUGCGUUGAUUCAUAUACAUCGUCCUCGUACAACAGUUCUGGCGCCGCUUCCAUUUGCUACAGCAACAGCAACGAAGCUGUCGGAGUUGGUGUUAUAAGUAGCACGACCGCAGUAGCAGCAGCAACUGCUUCAGCGCAAACGGCACCCAGCAAUUCAGAAACGCUGGCAGCGGUGGCGACAACGACGGCGACCAACAGCCUCAAGACGGCGCACACGAAAGUCGCCACGUCUGGGGGGCACGCUAACACGCAGCCCCCCAGCAAACGUUCGAGCAGCGGCGCCGACGGUGAUUACCAGCUGGUGCAACAUGAGGUUCUCUACUCGCUCUCCGCCGAGUAUGAGGUAUUGGAGUUUUUGGGACGCGGCACUUUCGGUCAGGUGGUGAAAUGCUGGAAACGUGGCACCUCAGAGAUUGUGGCUAUCAAGAUCCUAAAGAAUCAUCCUUCAUAUGCGCGUCAAGGACAGAUUGAAGUAUCGAUUCUGUCGCGUCUCAGUCAAGAAAAUGCCGACGAGUUCAACUUUGUGCGAGCUUUCGAGUGUUUCCAACACAAGAACCACACUUGUCUGGUGUUUGAAAUGCUUGAACAGAAUUUGUAUGAUUUCCUUAAACAAAAUAAGUUUUCACCGCUACCUUUGAAGUAUAUACGGCCCAUUUUGGAGCAGGUUUUAACGGCGUUGCUAAAAUUAAAGCAACUUGGUUUGAUUCAUGCUGAUUUAAAGCCGGAAAAUAUAAUGUUGGUAGAUCCAGUAAGACAACCUUAUAGGGUGAAGGUGAUUGACUUUGGCAGCGCGUCGCAUGUCAGCAAAACGGUAUGCAACACUUACUUGCAGUCUCGUUACUAUCGUGCACCCGAAAUUAUUUUGGGUUUGCCAUUUUGUGAGGCAAUCGAUAUGUGGUCGCUGGGUUGUGUGGUGGCCGAGUUGUUCCUGGGCUGGCCCCUAUAUCCGGGCUCAUCUGAAUUCGAUCAAAUAAGGUACAUAUCACAGACACAGGGUCUGCCCACGGAGCAUAUGCUGAACAGCGCUUCGAAGACAUCGAAGUUUUUCUAUCGCGACGUCGAUUCGACCUAUCCAUUUUGGCGCCUGAAGACCACCGAAGAACACGAAGCAGAGACUAAUACCAAAAGUAAGGAGGCUCGCAAAUAUAUAUUUAACUGUUUAGACGACAUCGGUCAGGUAAAUGUACCCACUGACUUGGAAGGUGGUCAGUUGUUGGCCGAGAAAACGGAUCGACGAGAGUUUAUUGAUCUGUUAAAGCGUAUGCUAACCAUUGACCAAGAGCGUCGUCUGACACCGGCUGAGGCGUUGAAUCACUCUUUUGUACGCCUCACGCACCUGGUUGACUAUGUCUAUUGUAAUAAUGUAAAAGCAUCGGUACAGAUGAUGGAAGUAUGUCGACGUGGCGAUUUCCAUACCGUACAACCAGCUUCGACUUUGGUAACCAAUUUUGUACCCAGCACUACGGAAAAUAUGACGUUUACCAUCAACAAUCAGCUGACCAGUCAAGUGCAGCGUUUGGUGCGUGAACGUCCCCUAGCCUAUGAGGGUCUUUAUCAAAUCUACGGCGGCCGCAAUGUCGGGCGUCAGUACACGCAAGGACGCGCUGAUGCUUUCCAACACCAGCUGAAUAUUUUGUGUCCGUCAUCCUAUCAAACCAUGCCCAGUCCCACCAAGCACGUGGUUGUUGGCAGCGCCACAAUGCAGCCACCAUUGCAAGUUCCUCCACAGCAGUAUGUCAAUGUGCCUGUGCCAGUGUCGAUGGUGGAACCGGCUUCCGGACAACGCAUGUUGCUAACCAAUCGUGUACAAGCCAGCGGCGUGGCUUGGCCGCAGACCGGCCGACAGAUGGCAUUGGUGCCUUCGUGGCAGCAAGCGCCAGCGCAUUCGCUAAUUGUCGAUUCGGCACCAUUUUUGAAUGUUGAGGAGAUUUAUCCUAAACACCAUUUGAAUAUACCAAGAAAUGAUCUCAAGAAGGAGUCGCCAGUGCAACAUUUAGUCACUAAGAGCAACUCGUAUCGUGUGCCCCGCCACGAUAAAAAGGAAAAUAAUCAGUUAUCGCCUGUGAAGAAGCGUGUGAAGGAGAGUUCACCGCCACACCAGCAGCGGUACAACCGUGCUUCGCAUGUUUCACCUCAGUACCAUAGUCACCACAAUUGCAACUACGGCAGCAACUACAACAGCAAUGCCGGCCCAGUUAUUACUUCGGCAUCGUCUGGUAAUAUUGUUAGCCAGAAUGGCAGCAAUGGCGGUGGUCAUCAUCAUCACAGCAGUAAUUCGGCUAAUCAACAGCAUGUGAUUAGUAGCAGCAGCAGCAAUGGUGGUGGUGGUUAUAGCAACGGCAAUCAUCACAUCAUCAACAAUUGCAGCGGCAACAAUAGUGUUAGUGGCAAUUAUCACCACCAAACACAUCACACUCAGCAGCAUCAGCCGGCUCAGCAAGCCGUGCAACAUACGCACCAGCAUCACGGUGCUAUUGUAAAGCAGCAGACUAUUACCAUACACGACACGCCAUCUCCCUCGGCUGUCAUAACGAUUUCGGAUAGUGAGGACGAAGGUAAUGAGCCACCCGCUCCAGCACCGGCCGCACCGGUAAUGAAGCAACGCGCACAUGCGCAGUCGCAAACGAACCCUGCUUUAUUGCAGCACUCGUCGUCGUCCUCGUCGUGCCGCGCCAAUGGCCACCAGCACCAGGGACAGUCGCAGCAGCAGCAGCAACCGCAACAUGUACACCAUCACCACCAUCAGACGCAUCAGCAGGUCCAGCCGCAGCCGCAGCCACCACAUCAGCAGCAGCAGUCUCAGCCGCAGCAUCAGCAUCAUACUGGCAACAUCUAUGGUGACAACGACACAGAUGAGCUGCGCCGACGGGGCAGUCAAGCACACAGCGGUGGUAACAGUCCCAGGCAGCAACAGCAGCAGCAGCAUCAUCAACACCAGCAACAACAACAACAGUCAUCAUCAUCACACCACCAUCAUCAACAGCAACAACAACAGCCGCAUCAGCAUCAACAACAACAAUCACAGCACCAACAACAGCAGCAGCAGCAACAAUACCAACAGCCUGCACAGCCGCAACAACAACAACAACAACAGCCUAAUAUUAAAUACGAACCGGGGCAAUCGCAAAAGAAGCGCAUAUUGGCCAUGGCCCAGAAUGAGUGCUACAACAAUGGUGGCAACAACGGAGUUGGCUGCAGCGGCAGUUUAGGCAACCAAACCGCUAGUUUGCCACAUUUGCCAACAAAGCAAGAGCCAGCCGAAUUCUACGAGUAUCCGCCACAGCAGGCCACAUCAGUUGUUGUGGACAACAAGCGUUCUUCGUGGGCAGCCGCAGCCACACAGGCUCCACCGGCUCCACCGGCUCACCACAAACGUGAGGUCACCUCGACAGCCUCCUCCGCCUCAGCCUAUGUGCAACAUACACCCUCAACGGGUGCAGCUGCACCUCCCUUGGCACAUUCGAAGAGCUCGUCUUCGGCAGUCGGCGGUGCAGUGGCUGUUGGUGCGGUAUCCGGCGCCGCUGCAGGCCCACCAUCAUGGGGUGCACCACAAGUAUACCAUCGUCAGCAGCAAACUCACACCGCUGUACAGGUGGUAGCACCAUCGGCACAGCAGCAACAACAGCAACAGCCGCAACAUCACCAGCAUCAAGCGAAUACACCAAUCGGUGGCUCGCCCGCCGCGGCUACUGCUGUGAUGCUGCAGCCCGAUAUAUAUGCACAGGGUGACAUGUAUCGACGCCCAACAGUGUUUGUGUCGCAGGCGACCCCCACAUAUGCAUACAAUCGUGCCGCAGUCGCACCACCCCCUGCACACAACAGCUCCAGUCGCCAGGUAAUACCAUCGCAUCCACUUCCCGCCCAUAUACAUUUCCCCACACAGUACAGCCAAUUUGGUCCGCUAAGUCCAGCACAAGUUGCCGCCAGCAAGCAUGCGCAUUAUGCACCGACAAACAUAUGGUACGGUGGAGAAUAAACUGGUUUAAAACACUCGAAUCGUUUCUAACUGAUUGUGUUGGCAGCAGCGACGGAUUUUCGAAAACCAAAUGCGAUACAAAGCACCAGAAAUACAACUACAACAAUAAUAACAAUAACAAUUUAGGCGACUUGCAGAAACAUUUGCAAACAAGCAGCCAACUGCAACAAAUACAAAAUGAACAACAAAAACAACAAAAUUUGAAAUUUGAAGCGUCCACACGACACGCGUUGAAUGUGGAAAGUGUAGCGUCUGUUGAAGCAACCAACACAACAAUUGAGGAUAAUCAAAAUUUGUCUUUUACUCGCUGGUGGUUCAUGCUGAUGCAACAAACCAUCAAUUACAAUUACAACAACAUAUUGCAACGACCAAACGCUGCAGCAACAACAACCACGCUACCAGCAGCAUUUCUAGAUGAGCUCCUGGGAAAUGUGGCGAAUAUCUUUUCAAGUGAAUAAGUGCGCCAUAAUUAUUAUGGUUACACAUUACAAAUACACCAAAUCAAGCGUGUAAAUAUGGAAUUGUAUUCCACUAACUGUAUAUAAAUAGUAUGUAGAAAUGAAAAGUUGAUCAAACAAAAACUUACUGAAAUGUUGCCGUUGAAUGGACUAUUCACAUGCAUAUGGAGUAUGAGACUCCCUGAUGAACUACAUGAUAUCUGUAUAAUUAGACAGUUACUUUAACUUAUUAACACACAUACACACACACACACACUUAUAGCCACAAUAAACAUGAGAAUAGUUGUUUUAGACGUGCAAAUGUAUAGAAAAAGUUUUACAACAUAGUUUUUUUGUACACAGUCGAUAAAAUAUUCAAUAUUUCAUUGAGCGAGAAUAUAUAGCUCAUAGUUGAAAACAAGGAACAAGUUUCCUCACACAUAAAUUCACAAAAGCAUAUAAUGAUUUUUAGGUUAGAAAACUAUAAAAACACGUAUACCACUUUCACAUUUAUUAUUACUUUGGAAAAUACGUCAACAUACAUAAAUACAUAGAUAUAUAAAUGGCUACAAAUUAACAAUACAAAUUACUUAUUGCUCUUAACUGCAAACUAUUAUUAUAUAAUAUGCAUUAAUACCUAUUGAUAUUUCGUUUAUUACAUAAGUUUACAACGGCAUAAUUUUGUAAGAGGAAAACCAAAAUAAGUGAUUAAUGUAACAAUGUACUUUAAAGAAGAAGAAGAAAACGCAUGAAAAAUAUGCAAAACUAAAAUAUGUAUGUGUAAGAAACACGCAGUUGAAACUUACCCCUGCAUAUAAUUAACUAAACUAACUAAAUUAGUUAUUAGAAACAAAAAAAUUUGAUGCUUUAUGUAUUAGACCACACACAGCAGAUACAUAUAUCCUAAACGGAAAAGGGUAUUAGAAAAAAUCAUUUCUAAAACAAUAUAAAAUAAUAGCUGGACAUAUUAAUUUAGUAAAAAGUUUAGUAAUUGUGCGAAACUAUAUUUAAGCAUUCGUAAUGAAGAUUAUUUCGAUAACUCAACUCAAAACAUAACUUAAAGUAUGUGCGCAGGAUUGUAGAAAUAUUAAAGAACGCGUAAAAUUUUCGUAAUUUGAAAAUACAAACAUUAGAAAUAGUUUUAGUAAACAAUAUUUUUUUUAUUCACUUAAACAAAUUUGUGCUGAUUAAACUUGUAUAUUUUCUAUUUCGCGCAAACAGAUUUCUUAUUUUUUUUUUUAAUUUUGGCAAUUGUUAAAUAAACAUUGCGUAAAUUUUUGUUCUCAAUUAAUUAAAGUUAAAUUGAAUAUGGUUUAAAUAAAAAUUAAUAUUCUUUGCAUAAAAAGUUAAUAUAUAAACAAAUAUUAUUUUUUCACUUUGACAUAACGGUCUCAGCUAUACAAAUUAAACAGUUUGCUUAAUGCAUUAUUAAAAUUAUAUAUAUUCUAAUUUCACAUUGAAUUUUGUUUAUUUUAACAUACAAUUUUAUAACUAAUCUAAAUGCAACACUUGUGGCGUGUAGCAUUACAAAUAUAAUUUUAAUUUAGAAACGGUACUUUACAAGUGCUAAAACUUUAAUUUUUACCAUUAGCUUGAACGUACAUACGAGUAUGUACCAUGGUGCAGUCUCAUUAAUUUCAAAUCAAAAUAUAAAUAAACCCUCACUAAUUGUGGUAUUAAAUAAUUAUUUUUAUCACAAAAUAAUAAACAAAUAAUUUAAGCAAAAUUUUUGAUAAAUAAUAUUAAUUUUUUAACAAGUUUAAUCAACAUAUUUUAACAUUUGCUUUACAAUAUAACAAAAAUAAAAAAGUAAAUGCUUUACAAAUAUGAAUUAAAUGAGCAAAUUUGAAAAGCACUUGCUCAACUCUAACUUUACUUUUUUAAUGUUUUUUUAAUAACCUGCAAAUAUAUAUUUUGUUUUAAAUACUUUCUAAGCUGAAAAUUUAGUUUACAAAUUAAUGCAAAAUAUUAAUUUUUUUUAAAUUAAUGCAGUUUAUAUCAAUUACAAUUGGCCAAACAAUUAAAUUAUUUUUUGAACUACUCGAAAUAGAAACUAUACAUUAAAAAUGAUAUUGAAAGUACAAAAACAGUCAAGCUUAUUGCUUUUUGUAAAAGACAUUAAUUCAUUAAAAAACAACAACAAGGAGUUGCUUCAAUGCGUAAUAAUAGAGGAAAAAUAAUUUAGAAUAAAUAGUUUACUACUUUGUAUUAACACUACAGCGCUUUAUCAAAUAUUUUUUUUUCCAUUUUGUUGUCGUAAAAUUACCCAAACAAUUUAGUAUGUACACCUGAGGUUGUAAAAUUGUUAGCAAAAUAUGAAACGAAACAAAAUGAUAAUAAAUGUGUUAUGUUUAUGUAAUAAUAAAUACGUACAUACAUGAGAAUAAACGCACUUCAACUCUUUGCUUGCUUACAGCGAUAUAUAAAUAUUUUUUUGUUGUUGUAAUAUAAAAUUAAGUAGUGCGUUGUUGCGCGCAAGUGAUAUUAUAAGCUUGUGCUUGUAUGUGCACAAUAGCAAAUACGAUUAUGUAACCAUAUAUAUGUCACCUUAGUUGACACUUAUGUUUCUAUAUCUUCAUGUAUAUAUAUGUCAAUUAUGAAUUUGCUUUAUUUUAGUUGUAAGCAUUAUAUUUAUAUUUACACACAUAACGGUUUUAGGCGCACCUGUCGCUUGAUUUUUACAUAAUCAAUUAUAAAAUGUGGACUUCUUGCCUACACAAAUACAUAUACACAAUGAAAUCUUUAUGGACAAGCGUUUUGCUACGAAUGCGCUAUUUGGUUUAGUCUUGGAAUUAUUUACUUUAUUUACUUGUAAGUGUUUGCUAUGAGUUCGCUUCGAUUCGUCGAGCCCUUAACUUGCUAUUUACGCAAAGAUACGUAAACAAUUGUACGAAGUUCUAUAUUAUAUUAAUAACACUAAUCUAUAUUAAAUACCAUACGCGUUUACUUAUGAAACAUGCAUAUUUAGUUUUAGUUUGUAUAUUCAAAAGUCAAAGUCUUUGCUGCUCCCGUAGUCCUAGACCUUCAUUUGUGUUAAAUGUUAUGUGUAUGCAUAACAUAGCAUAGCUUUAUAUAAGUGUAUGUCGUAGUAGUAUGCUAAUUUCUGCUUACAAGUUUGCUAAAUUCACGUGUUGGCUGGAAGGCGAAUUUAUUUUUUGUGUUUAAGUCAGUUUUGGGUUGGUUGCUAACCGGCGUUUGGAGUUUAAAUAAAUGGUUUUUAAAAUAAGAAGUACUCAAAAAGAAAGUUGAGAUAAAAAGUUUUGUUUUAAGGCUCUACAUAAAGCGCUAAAAUGCUAUUAGAAUAUAUAUGUGUAUGUAUACAAACAAUUUAUUAUAUCUAUUCUUAAAAUGAUGCAUGAAUAACACCAAAACUUUGUAAUACAACAUACAACAAAGAGAGUAAUUUUUAAUUUUACUUAUAUAUACUUUUGGUGAAUCAUUAAUUUCUGUAAUUGCAAACGGCCUAUAAAAAUUCAACAACAACAAAAAAACACCAAGACAUACAUCCUGUUUUGUACUAACGCUUUUUACAUAUGUGUAUAUAAAUAUUGUAAUUAGUAACUUAUAAUCAAUGAACUAUUUAAUUGUUUAAACUUCAUGUUUUUUCUUUAACACAGACACAUAAUCAAUAUUCUCUUUUUACUGGCAAAUUCGCAAUUAAAGUAAAAUUAAGUAAAUUUCUUACUAAUACUAGUGUUUUAUGAGACACGGAUGUUGGAACAAAGGCAAAACAAAUAAAGUUAAACAAGCAAAUAGUGUGCAACGUAAUUUUGAUGAAAAUAGCACGAAAAAUGAACGAAGCAGAAAUAUAAAUAGAAAAUGCAAGUAGGCAUACACAAAGAUGUGAAACUAAGUUAUAAUAAAAAAUACAACAAUAAUAAGAAAGUAACUAGACAUUUAGCUUAUAAUUAUUGUGAUGUAGUUAUUAAAUGGUUAUACACAUACAAACAAACAUAUAAACAUAUAUGGUGGUAAAUACAAAUUACGUUAAAGAUACUUACAAAUACAAACAAAUUAACAUUAAUAAUAUGUAUAAGCAACAACAAACUAAUAUAUAGGCAUACAUAUAUACAUACUUAUAUAUAUAUAUAAACAAACAAACAACUUUAUAUACAUUUUUAUUGAAAUAAAUUUAGUGUUAGUGCAACUCUUAUAUACAAAACAAAACACAAGCGGGAAGCGAAAAAAUAUUUAUACCUAACCAAUAUAAUAAAUACCAAUUAAGCAUAAAUAAAAUACUUACAACUCACCACUUUAUGAGAAUUACAACUCUGCAGAAAUAUAAAAUGCAUAUGCAAAACUAAUAGUUUAACGUUUGUAUUCUACUAAACUUAUUUGUUUCUACUAAAUGUAGUAAAUAAUUAAAUGCACUUGACUGUGGACAGCACAAAUGUGGUAGGGAGAGUUUGGUUUCGGAAAAUAUUUUUUAACACGAUCCUCAUUUUUUAAUUGAGAGGCACUGUGUAAAUGUUCGUUGUUUGCUCAGCUUUCAUUUCACCUUGCAUUCGCACUAGGGUUUGAUUGAACCACAAAUUCAAAAACUUGUGAUGGAUCUUGAGCCAACUACAAUAACAUGCUUGUAGAAAAAUUUUUUGGUUGGAAGACUUGGAAAAUUUGAAGUCCUUUAUUUGAUGUGAAUAACAUUUUUAUAGCAUCUUUAGAUAUUUAGUUAUAGACCAUAGUCAGUCAGGACACUGAUGUUUUGCGAGAGCCUUUCUUUUAAAUUUAUAUAAAGAAACAGUAGCUUUUAGCAUAUUUGCUGUCCAGAGUUAAGUGCAACUAAUAACUAAUCUUAAUCUAAAUUAAUGUCUGUGUAAAAUAUGGACUUAUAAGCGAGAAAACAUAAAAUAACACUAAAACGCAAAAGGAAUAGGGAAUCAUUACAAAUGUAACUAAAAUUUGAAUUUACUUGUAGCUAUAAUUGAAACGUAGAGUUAUGCAAACAUUAAUGCAAAAAGUGGAAAACAAAUAAUUAAUAAUCAAAUAAAUUUUAUGUAAUUAAAUGUGUUGUGAAUGAACUUGAAUUAAGAUGUUGCGACGCUUGCGUUGAUACAUUUGUGUAAUUAAACGCACCGCAGGCAGUUGGCGGGCUGUCAUUUCCACUAAAUAUUACACGAUUAAAUAUUAAAGCAACAAAAAAGAAUCUUAAAAGCUGUUUAAAGUAGCAUAACGUAACGUGUAAUGGCACAUAAAUGCGUUUAUAAGUAUAUUUCAAGAUUACAAAACACGCUGAGUGGAUUUAGUUGUACACACAUUUUAGAUGUUUAGCGGCAAAUAACGUUUUCAAACAGUUUCUACGAUUCAAAAUAGCAGAUUUGUAAAGUUUUCAAUUUCAAUAACGCCUCAAUGCGUACGGGCAGUGAAUUGCGGCAGACGUAGACGCCAAAAAUAACAAAAUUCUGCUACUAAAAAUAAAAAAUAAAAUAAAUAAAAAACUAAGUAGUUUAAGUAAAUAAAAAAAGAAGUGAAUUUCUGCUUUAUAAUAUGUAAUAAAUGUUUUUUACGAAUUCUAGUUAAUUAAGGCAAACAUAGAACUAUAUUACAUAACAUAAAUUAAACAAAUUAAACGCAAUCUUAAAGAUUUUUAACAACUUUUGUGUGGAAAAAUAAAAAAAAAAAAACAAAAUGCAAUUUAAUUUACCCGAGAAGUUUUAAGGCGAUAAAACCACA